AUGAAAGCUAUAAUCGCUCUUAUCGGAAUUGUGCUGCUCGCCAUUGCUGGAGUGAUGGGUACACCUGUUGUUGUUGGACUGCCUCUUCCGCUGCCAAUUGGCGUGGGAUUUGGAAUACCACCGCCUCCACCUCCGUCGUACGGAUACUAUUCAUACCCACAUCACCACCACCAUCAUCAUAAUCAUGGAUACGGCUAUGACUACGGUUAUGGAAACUAUGGAUAUUGA